UUUAGAUGGCUGGGACAACGGUUUCGUUAGUGAGAAGAAGCUUAUCAAUUGCAACGCGAUUCGCAUCACAAAAUUCUCAAUUAAACAAAUUAACCUGUUGUACGGCGAAGGUCCUAUCCGCUACGCGGUGUUAUUAUGACUUUACUCGCUGUCUAUCGGCGUCUCAAGGAGAAUUUGUAAAACUCAGACAAUUAGUACCAAAACAAAGCCUUUAUUAUGAUAAAAAAUUAUUGCAAGUGCCAAAGUAUCACAUUGACCUACAAUACAAUAAUUUCUCAAUGUUUAAAAGAAAAAAUAAACAAAGCAAAAAGAAGAAACGCAUUCCAAAAUUGAUAUUAUUGCAAAAUCCGUUUAAUUGGCUUAUGACAAAGAUAGAUUUCACUGUCUUGAGACGUAUCUGGGAUCCUACUUUUCGGGAAAAAGAAUUUAGAUUCGGGACCACACAGGCAAUAUCUCGUGUGACCCACAUUAUUAGCGAGGGUCAGUUCGGAGAACUCAACGGCUUGCUGACAAAACCAGCCCGUAUAAGUUUGUUGCGUGAGCUUGAACGUAAUUGGGGCGAAAAACAGAGAGCUCUGCUAGCUCUAAAACAUGAAGACAUACAAAUCUCUUCACCACGAAAAGUUUAUUUCAUUAGGAUUGCUGAUAAAAAGUUUUGUGAUGUUGAUAUGGCCUUCUUAGCGCUCAAAUGGGCUCCGAUAAACAACAUAGAAGCGCUGAUAUUUACUGAAAUUUUUGCGCGUUUCCAUCGAGAGUAUACGCCGAAUUGCAUUCCUGAAUGGACCAUAGCGUAUUUUAAAGUAACCCGGUUCGAAGUUCUCCGCAAAUAAUAGAAGACAAAUCUUAUAUGUA